UUAUCGAUGUGGCCGUUUGCAAUUGAAAUUCCCGAUGAACUAACAACUGAUCUUGAACGUCCGCUAUUUCCAGGAGACUCAAUAUUCGUAACUAAGUUUGCAUGGAUUGAAGGAAGAAGACAAGUUACUAUUGACAACUGGUAUAGAAAGGAAACAGGAAUGUUAAGUUACCAAGCCACAGCAUUAAUGAUUGAUGUAACACACUUUCCUUAUUGGACAACUAAAACAGGAAUUAUUGUAUAUUUGAAGAAGAAAGAAGGCAAAGCAGCGCUAGCUCGUGUGACAGCGUAUGGAAUGGAGAGAUCUGGAAUGCUAUACGCAAAACAAUGCAGACACGGUCUUGACUUAUCAAAAACACGGCUAUCAGAAUUUGUAAAUCUAAAAUUAGCUCCAAUCCCAGCUGGUUGGAUGAUAGGAACAAAUUAUAUAGUUCCACCCGGAGGAUCAUAUAGACUCGGAACAGAAAUUAUGGCUAAAGAAGGAUCUCAAAUCUUAGCCUGUGCUGAACCGUUCACUGAAAAAUGGCGCUGGUUAACGAAGACAGGACUUCCGAAAGUAUUUCCUAUUGAUAAGGAUUAUACACUCAAGGAAAUGAAGUUGGCUGAAGACAUAAUUGCAGCAGCUUUAAUUACUGCAGCGGAAAAUGAAGAAGUUGGUAGAAUGGAAACCAGUUAUUUCGGAGUAGUUAAACCGAUUGAAGAUGAAAAGAAGAGAACAUUCACGAUUAACCACAUACACGAACAAAAAUCCCACAUAGCUAAAGAAGGCAUUUGCGAACGGUUACAUUAA